UCUUCACCUACCCGCUCUCUGAAUUUUAACUAGAAUCUUCCAUUUCUCAGUCUCGCUCUCAGAUUCUCAGCUCUAUUACUUCAAUCAGGGGUGUUCUGAGGUAAAAUUUAUUCAAUACCAAACUAGAAGAAAUCUGUCAGGUGUUUCAUCCAUUUUCAUUACUGUUUAUCAAUCCAUUGUUCGGAUUUUUUUAAUUAAAACAUCACACAAGUAGAUAAUCAUGGUGAAGGCUGUCGUAGUUCUUAACAGCAGCGAGGGUGUUAGCGGCACGGUCAGCUUCACCCAGGAGGGAGAUGGCCCAACUACUGUCACCGGAAACCUUUCUGGCCUUAAGCCCGGACUUCAUGGCUUUCACGUGCAUGCCCUUGGUGACACCACCAAUGGUUGCAUGUCGACUGGUCCUCACUUCAAUCCUAAUGGCAAAGAGCAUGGUGCUCCCGAGGAUGAGGUUCGCCAUGCUGGUGAUCUUGGGAAUAUCACAGCUGGAGAAGAUGGCACUGCAUCUUUCACCAUUGUUGACAAGCAGAUCCCUCUGAGUGGACCACAUUCCAUCAUUGGAAGAGCAGUUGUUGUUCAUGGUGAUCCUGAUGAUCUUGGAAAGGGUGGACAUGAAUUGAGCAAGAGCACUGGCAAUGCUGGUGGUAGAAUUGCUUGUGGUAUUAUUGGCCUUCAGGGCUGAGCAAACUUGGUUGUGCACUCUACUUAAUCAUGGCUUGCACUGCGUUUCCUGCAUUUACUUGUUAGAAUUACCCUAUAUCAUUUCCAAUUUCCUAAUAAAAGUUCCUUGUUGAAUUGGACUACAUUUCCAUCGUUUGUGUUUUGUACUUAAAUUUAAGCAAGAAAUUAGAGUGGCGUAUAAAAAAGUUGUGUUCACUGCA